AUGUCCAGCGCCGCCACCAACACCACCCCCGCCACCAUGACCGGCGCCCACGCGCUGCAGGGGGCCGCCGCCGCAACCGGAGACCUGGCCGCCGCCAUCCCCACGGGCCUCGACCUCCUGCCCGCUACCUUGGCGGACCUCGCUGACAGCCUCCACGCCAUCCGCUUCGAGCUCGCGGAGAUCAAGGCCGGCCAGCACCCGCCGCCCCCACCGGCCGCCGUUCCGCCGCCGCCCCCACCGGCCGCUGUUCCGCCGCCGCUCCCACCGGCCGCCUCCGCCGCCAGCAAUGGCCGGCCCGCGUGGUGGCCGCCGUCGCCCUCGCUGAUUCCCACAUGGACCGACGCGUCACCCGUCUACACUCAUACUGCGGCGCGGACGACGGUUCAGCAGCCCGCCCACCGCCCUGGCGGUCCUGGCGGGUUUACGGGCCCCUUCGCCGCGAGCACGUCCUUCAACCCGGGCCGCCAGGAGGGCUCCCCCGAGGUUCCGCCUUUGGCACAGCAGCCGCCCCGCUUCACUAAGCUGGAGUUCGCCACCUACGACGGCGCCACCGACCCCCUGAGCCCGGCCGAACCGGACUUCGCCGACCACUUUCAGGCGAUCGCGUGCCAUGCCCCGGGCGUCUCGGCACGGCAGCUCGCCGAUCUCUUCGUCGGCGGCCUCCCCGACUACAUCCGCGUCGACGUCGAGAUGCGCGAGCCGGCGGACCUGCAGACGGCCAUGCACUACGCACGAGCCUACGAGCAGCGCGCCCUCGCCAUGCAGCAGGUCUACGCGCAACGUGGCAGCGCUCGUCCCGCUCCCCGGCCCGCCCCGACACCCACCGCCCCGCCGCGCCCCGCACCGGCCGCUGCGCCCGCAGGCCCUCCUGCGCCGACUCGCCCCUUCAAGCGGCUGACGGCUGCGGAGCAGCUUGAGCGGCGCCGCCAGGGGCUGUGCUUCAAGUGCGACGAGAAGUACGCACCGGGCCACACGUGUGCCCGCCUCUUCUACCUGGAGACCGUCGACGACGCCGACGUUGAGACCCUCACCGCCGAGCUCGCGGCCUCCACCGUCACUGAGGCCGGUGUCACGACCCUGUGA